AUGGAGUGGCCGGGCCGUCAAUCUUUCAUCAACGCUCCCCGCUAUGAGUAUGAGGAUGAUAGCGGAAUAUCGAUUGGUAAAUUCCGCAGUGCAGCCUAUCAGGAGAGUGGGAUGUUCAGCUUCUUCCAAGUGUAUCGAGCUGGCCAUUUUGUGCCCACCGACCAACCCGAGGCUGCCCUGCUCAUGAUCAACGAUUUCAUCCACGGUAUUUUCGGACCAGAUUCCCCAAGAGCCACACCAGAAAAAAGCUCGGAGCUACAGGCGGUUCGUGAGCUCUAA